UAAGCCAUUAUUAUUGUUUGUGGCUCGGAGUGUGCGGUAGCAAUCGCGCGCAUUCACAGUCAUAGUUAUGGCUGCGAACGGGUCGGCGGCCGCGGAACCGCGGCUCUGCCACGUGCGGAAGGUGCCUAAUUUCGAUGGGUAUGGAUUCAAUUUACACGCCGAGAAAGGCAAGCCUGGACAGUACAUCGGCAAAGUUGACGACGGUUCCCCGGCGGAGGCAGCCGGCUUGCGUCGCGGUGAUCGCAUUUUAGAAGUCAACGGGCAGAGCAUCAGCGGAGAAACUCAUAAGCAAGUAGUGGCGCGUAUCAAGCAACGACCUGAUGAUGCGGAAUUACUUGUAGUAGCUCCGGCACCGGGUGAGCCCGUUCCUGAUCUGGAUGCUCCCGAGCGACCGGCUUCGGCAGGAUUAGUAUCCGCGCAGUCAGCAAAUGCUUCUUCGCCAGCGAGUACAAACGAUUCUUCGCCAGUUACUGACCGUAACGAGUCGCCCUCGUCAGAGCCUCCACCACGCCUUAAUCUUCAAAUGACAGCCGCUGAGAUGCGCGCACAGCUUGCUGCGAAAAAAAAAAGUUGAUCCAAAGAAGGUGCCAAUGGAUCUAAAGUCGAAGUUUGACAUCGUAAAGAAACUAUGAGGUGCUAGGAGCGAUAGUGUGCGUACGAGGGUGUAGUGCGUGUCGUAGGCUGCGUAUGCGGCGUCGCUACAUGUCGUACAGUGCUGAGUGCUGUGUGGCUGUGUGCGUGGGUCACACCGGUGGCG